AUGGUCGAUAUGGCCUCGCAACGGCCCAGCCCUCAUUUAAUAAAAUCAUCAUCGUCAAGUGAAGAAUAUUUGUCACGAAAUAGGCCUAACACAGUGCUUUCUACCUCAUUUGUCUCGGCGCGCAAACUUGAUGAGGCACCGUCUUCACCAUUGAGCCCUCAGAACACGAGACGUAAGAGAAGUGGCACUGUCAAGACUAUCAACAAUUUGAAACAUGACAUUCAUCAUGUGCAGCAGGAUUUGGCACGGUUACGGAGGUCAAAGGAAGAUGUGGAAAAACGUCGUGAAUCGGCGACGAAUGACAUAUACCCUGGAAAUUACUCACAGGAACAUCUACAACGACACUCUAUGGCUUUACAAAGCAAGGACCAACUGCGAAAACUUGACCAGCAGAUUAAAAAGUCAGGCGAUUUGCUUUCUACACUCCGAAGGCGCUUAGAUAGUACCAGUUCAUCUGCGUCAGGUGAAACGCGGUUUAAUGCAAUCCCAAGACCUCAGUUUUUUGUUCGCAAGUCUCAGGCUACUUCUGAGAGUGCCUUGGCCAAUGACAGCGUGACAGAGGAGGAGGAGGUAGACGAGGAAUUUCUGUCCGACUCACCUUCAGACAGUGGCGACACCUCUGCCGAAUUCUAUAGUGGGGCUCAAACAAAAUCUCACUCUCACUCUUCCUCACCGCGCAACCCGGCUGGUCGGGACGCAAAAGUGAGUAAAGAACAUGCUACCUGGCUCGUGAGCGACUAUCUGCAAAGUUUACAAGACACCAAUUCGGAUAGGAGUUUCAUUCUGAGUAAGGCUAACGACCUGGUCACUCUUUUAGAGCAAAACCCCACGAUUAAAUUCGAUCUCGUUUUGCCUGCCUUUUCCAGCACCAUACAACAACUGCUUUUGAGUGAAGACGAAGUAACGGUAUCUGCCGCCUACCGUAUUUGCAGAUAUCUUAUAACAGGUCCCGAGUUUAUACAGGAGCUUCGCAAAUUAUAUCUAGAGGCUUUUGUUAUAGCAUCAUUAACUAAAGCAGGUCAGUCGCACACGGAGCGGCUUCAAGCAUUCAAGUUGGUUCGUUCAUUUUUGGAAUACGACAUGGGUUUAUCCGUGGGGCUUACUCAGUCGGUGAUUAGCUGUAUUGAGAAUACCGAUGAUCCUUUGAGAGAUUUGGCUAUGGAGACUUUGCUAGAACUGUGUUACUUGAAGCCAGCACUCGUACAUCGCUGUAAUGGAAUACAGGUUUUGCAGAACUUUGUUGCUGAGAACCCAGCCUCAGCUAUAUCAUCAUUUGUCCUCGAUGCGCUCCUUGAUUUGAUGACUUUCCCCGACACCAGAAAGUACUUUGUCAAUUGCUUUGAUAUAUCGGUGACACUAGCGACCUUAUCUGAUAGCCAUGUGAAACUGAAUACGAGCACUGAAAAGCUGCAGAGCAGCAUCAGUUUGAUUUCAAAAUGUCUUAAAAACUACAAUGGCCUUAUAAUUUUUUCCGCCAACAACUUUCAGCGCUUUCGAGAGCUGCUGGCCUUCUUCCGAUCUCCUACGUUGGCAAGGUACUUGAUUGACCUUUUCCUUGACGUGCUAAGAAUUAAGCCUCUGCCGUAUAUGGAUAAAAAAAAGGCACCUCUUGGAUUCAAACCGGUUCCUUCUCAGUUUCAAGUUGAAAUUAUGCCAAUUAAUCAAUAUGUGGGGCUUUUGGCUAUAAUUCUUUUCAAAUUGAAUUUCGUGACUUAUCUUAUUCCUCUUGUAGGCCAAAGAGGUGACGUUAAGAAAGAUCCAACUUUGGCUGCCAAAGCUCGAUACCUCAUCACGGAAUAUUCGAGUGUUUCUGUGAACUUAGCGGGCUUGAGACCAAGUGCACCAUCUAAUUUACACUUCCCCGAGAAAAUGACAGUUGAGGCGGUCUUAUAUCAAGCUUUCCAAUACGAAAGGAUGACAAAGAGACUGAAUCGAAAUAGAAAUACCAUUGGAAUGACAGGACUAGACUCAAAUCAUGGCAUUAUGGAAUUUUCCGAGAGAUCGAAGCAUAAAGCUCUUAUAAGCAAUAUUGACGAGGUUAGAUUCAAGAGAAUGGUGUAUGACACCAAAGUUUUACAGACAAAAGAUUUUACUUUGUGGAACUGGGGAACUUUAUCAGAUCUCAUCGAGGGCCCCCUUUUAAACCCAAGAAGACUAGAGGAAUUAGCCAAGGGCACCAAAUUUUUUCGUCGGCUACUAGUUUUUUACCGUCCAAUGAGGUAUCGCUUUUCAAGAAUUCGCUCCACCUCACGCUUAGCAGCUAGGUGCGUGCACGUAGGAUGCCAGUUGUUCAAGACUCUAACGGCUACCUCCGAAGGUAUGCGUAUUUUAUAUGACGACACGAAGUUGCUCCCUCAAAUGGCAUCGCUACUUUUCAAAGCGAUGGAAGGUCAGCUGGCAGGUAAUGUUUUUUCUGAAGACUCCCUAUCAAAUACAGUUUGUUCGGGCUAUUUCAAGUUUUUAGGUACACUCUCUGAUUCCUCAAGAGGCUGUGCAGUGCUAGAAAAGUGGAGUGUUUUCACUGUGAUUUACAAAAUGUUCCAGCGAACUUCCACACUUUCUACUGCUUAUCUGCUUCGCAUCCUUCCUGAAUUGAGCAUCAUUCACUCCAACCACUCUCGAACUAUUUUAGGUAAGGCACUUGUUCACCCAUUAGCAGACGUGCGGGUUGAGGCUACGAAUCAACUUGGAAUUAAGUUGCAAAGCCUUUUAUCUGAAGCCAAACUUGGUAGAAGCUUGGGUGAGCUCGAAAGGUUUUUGAUUGAACUAUUAAUACGCCAGCUGUACGAUUUAUCUUCCACAGUGGUUGCAGCUGCGGACAAGAUACUAUACGAUUAUUGUGCCUUGCAAGACUGGCCUCCUAACGUAGAUACCCCGCGCCACCAUCUCCUCAAUCAACUGGUUUUCAUCAGAUCCCCUAUUUUGCUGGAAUUCUUGAAAACACCCGCUGGUUUCAAGCAAUUGAAUGAGAUCGGUUUCUUAGCUAGUGAACGAGAGAAGUGGCUCCGGACUAAGAACAUGGAAUACGUUCCCAGAGUAGAAGCUUUCAUUCAGCAUGAAAUGAUGGCAUUUCCAAAUGCCGUCGAGUCCAAUUCUAUCCCUAAGAGGAAGUUGCCGAUGCAUUUUUGUGGCAGUUUAGCGAGUACCGAAGAGGGCAUCAAUUUGAUUUCCCAGAUGGGCGAUUUUGUCGCAAUUGUCAAUACUAUCAAAAAGUACAGGCAUGACGGAUAUUUAAGUGCAAGUGUCGAGCAGCAUUCCGAAGUAAAAGCAGCUCUGUGGUGUUGUGGUUAUAUCGGUUCGACAGCACAGGGGAUAAACCUUCUUGAUGCCUAUUCCAUUGGUGGUGACAUUGUGUGUAUCAGCAUCAUGGCCCAGUCUACUUCGGUUAAGUUCACAGCAUUCUAUGUCCUUGGAUUAAUUGCUAGCACAGAAGAAGGAUGUGAGAUUCUAGACGAACUGGGGUGGGACUGCAGUUUGGACGUACAGGAAGAACCCGUGGGCUUGGCAUUUCCCAGAGAUGUGGAACAAUUUCUGCAAUUUCGAGACGGGGGCGAGGCACGCGAAUUUCUCUCCAGUCCCAGUCAAGAUGAUAUGGAAUCGGAAGAAUCUAUUGCAUUCGAACUACCAAACAUGGAUCUUGACAGAUUAUUGAACAGCAAAGCCAAGAUCGAGAACACUACAGAUGACCAUGAAGGGGAAUUUCAGGCCGAAGUAGACCGCCAAACUCGUGUUUUGCAGAUGUAUCAACCGCCUAUCAAGCGACCCAACGAUACCGACACAGCGGACAAAGUUACGAGAGCUGCAAGCAGAUUGAAUAAUCAUAUAUUUUCGAGUGCUGCGGUUAAAGAGAUAACUGAAUUGAAGUCAACCUAUGGCGCCGCUCGCUUUGAAACUGUCGAUGUAUUGUCCAAAGUGCUUGAACUUAUGGAACAGUAUCGCUUCAAGCCCCAAGCGCGCAAAAUUUUAUGCGAGAACUUUUUAAACAGAAGCUCGUUUGAAGCGGUUAUCAAAAAGGACAAGAAAAAGUCUCGCAGGUAA